GCGCGGCUCCGCACCGAGCCGGAGCCCGAGCCGGAGCCCGGAGCCGGAGCCCCAGCCCGGCCCUGCGAGGGCCGCCGGGCGCGGGGCUGCGGCCGCGUCCCGGAGCCGCCGCCAGCACAGCCAGGUGCUGUUGGGAACACAGAGGAAGUGACUGACUGGGGGUUCAGGGAAAGCUCCGUAGAAGAGGGAACACUUGAGCUGGGUCUUGAAGGAUGAGUAGAAGUUCACCAAGUGGGAAAGGACACUCUAGGAUGGCCGAGCCUCGAUUUAACAACCCCUACUUCUGGCCCCCUCCUCCCACCAUGCCCAGCCAGCUGGACAACCUGGUCCUGAUUAACAAGAUCAAGGAGCAGCUGAUGGCGGAGAAGAUCCGGCCGCCUCACCUGCCGCCCACGUCGGCUUCGUCGCAGCAGCCGCUGCUGGUGCCGCCGGCGCCGGCCGAGAGCAGCCAAGCCGUCAUGUCGCUGCCCAAGCUGCAGCAGGUGCCGGGGCUGCACCCGCAGGCCGUGCCGCAGCCCGACGUGGCGCUGCACGCGCGGCCGGCCACCAGCACCGUCACAGGUCUGGGGCUCUCCUCCCGGACCCCGGCUGUGAGCACGUCCGAGUCGAGUGCAGGCACGGGGACCAGCACCCCGUCCACGCCCACCACCACCAGCCAGAGCCGCCUCAUCGCCUCGUCCCCCACCCUCAUCUCAGGGAUCACCAGCCCCCCCCUCCUGGACUCCAUCAAGACAAUCCAGGGCCAUGGCCUGCUUGGCCCCCCCAAGUCCGAGCGUGGCCGCAAAAAGAUCAAGGCGGAGAACCCAGGGGGGCCGCCCGUCCUCGUAGUCCCCUACCCCAUCCUGGCCUCGGGCGAGACUGCCAAGGAGGGCAAGACAUACAGGUGUAAGGUGUGCCCGCUGACCUUUUUCACCAAGUCUGAGAUGCAAAUUCACUCCAAGUCACACACCGAGGCCAAGCCCCACAAGUGCCCGCACUGCUCCAAGUCCUUUGCCAACGCCUCCUACCUGGCCCAGCACCUGCGCAUCCACCUGGGCGUCAAGCCCUACCACUGCUCCUACUGUGAUAAGUCCUUCCGACAGCUCUCCCACCUCCAGCAGCACACCAGAAUCCACACAGGCGACAGACCCUACAAGUGCCCACAUCCUGGCUGCGAAAAGGCUUUCACUCAGCUCUCCAACCUCCAGUCUCACCAGCGCCAGCACAACAAGGACAAGCCCUACAAGUGUCCCAACUGCUACCGGGCCUACUCGGACUCCGCGUCCCUGCAGAUCCACCUCUCCGCCCACGCCAUCAAGCACGCCAAGGCCUACUGCUGCAGCAUGUGCGGGCGGGCCUACACCUCGGAGACCUACCUGAUGAAGCACAUGUCCAAACACACGGUGGUGGAGCACCUGGUGAGCCAUCACUCGCCCCAGAGGACGGAGUCCCCCGGCAUCCCGGUGCGAAUUUCCCUCAUCUGAGCCGACCCAAGGCGCCGCCCCACCCUGCCCACUGGCAGACACAGACCCAGGCAGCACCAGGCCCCAGCUUCCUCCAGGGGCCCUCCAGGAACAGCCGAGCUCUCUCAUGACCUUCCUGACCUUCCAGAAAGCCUGGGCUGCAGAAGCCCUGACCGGUCCAGCUCCGGGGGCGGCCAGGCCAACUGCAAGAUUCUGGACUGUUUUGGUGGCAUCCAAAGACGAUCUCAGAGCACUUUGAACCUCUCUGUUGGGUUUCUUUUUGUUCCCCACCCUCCACUUGCUUCACUGUUUUUGUUUUUAAGUUUGUUUUGGAAAUAACAAAAAAGAUAUUUAUUGGCCAAGAAGUUGGUGCUGCUAAGACCGAGAAAUUAAAAGAAUCGGACAGAUGGACACAGAGAACCAGAGGGCAGCGUGGGACCUUCUCUUGCCACAGCCUCAGGUCUUGAGGGAAGGCUCAGGCCUGGGUUUCUGGACUGCAAAGGGGACCCCCCCCCCCAGGUGGGAGGGGACAGGAAGCAUCUGGAGUGAGCCACUCACCCCUAGGUGCCCAGCUCCAACCUCUCGGGCUACACCCUGGGCAUUACUGAGCAGAGGGAUGAGGCAGCUCCUGGGGCUGCCCAGGCUUCAGGAGGCAAAACAGGAGAGGGGCUGGGAGAUCCGCAGGACCAAAGGGUGCAACGUUGGGCUGGGCUGGGCACAGGCCCAGGGAAAUGGGGUGAGGGUGGGCUGGGUAAGACCUGGCCCUCCAAUGCCCUGAAGACCACCCCAGUCUACCUCGGUGCUGGCCAGGAAACCUAUUGGCUACCUCUCCCACCAUCCCAGACUGUGGGCAAGGGGGUGGGGAGGGAGUGGGCCUAGGCUUAGGACCCCCCCACUCCAGAAUUUCCUCCAGAUGGGGCAGUGCCCAGGGAGGGGUUAUGUGUCUUCCCUGUCAUGAAGGGGGGAAUCCCCAGUCCAGGCCCUAGGCCCCUCGGCAGGGAAGGGAUCCUUGGGGAGGAGGGUCCCAGGAGCAGACCCUGCCCUCAGCCCCCACAGACACACCCCGAUCUGAAAGCCAUGCGUGUCCAUGUAUAUAGGAACUAUGUACAGAGCCCGGAGAGGCCCCCCUUCAUCCCCCGGGGAAAAAAAAAAAAAAAAAAACUAGACAGAAACUCAUCUAUAUAUUCUGUAUCUGGAGUUCCGUUUUGAAUAUUAACUGUGUUAUUUUUAUACACUUUUUAAGCCUUAACUCGCCAUUGAUUUACCAGUUUAACGUUUCCUGGGGUUUUUUUUCCCAUGGGGUUCUCUGCCCCAGCCCCCACCCCUUUGUUUGACUUGCGUCGUCGGAUACUCAGUAUUGUAGCUUUUUGUCCGCAUGUUACUACCCUGUAAAUACGCUGUCAUACAUACUGUUAACACCCCAUUUGCUUUUUUCUAUGGGACCUCCAGGCCACCAUAUUUAGAACUAGUUACCUUAUUAAAAAAGAGAAAACAGUC